AGGCCGGGCAAGAGGGCGGGUGGGAAGAUGGCGUCCGUGGCGGCAGGUGGCCUGCCUGGGAAAGGGCAUGAAAUCAGCCUGGCUGCUCUGCGGCGCCACGACCCCUACAUCAGUCGCAUCGUGGAUGUGGCCAGCCAGGUCGCUCUGUACACUUUUGGCCAUCGGGCCAACGAGUGGGAGAAGACUGGAGUGGAAGGGACCCUAUUUGUUUAUACAAGGUCUGCCUCUCCAAAACAUGGAUUCACCAUUAUGAAUAGGCUCAGCAUGGAAAACAGAACAGAGCCCAUUACUGAAGACCUGGACUUCCAGCUCCAGGGCCCUUUCCUUCUCUACCGAAAUGCCACGUUGUCCAUUUAUGGAAUUUGGUUUUAUGAUAAGGAAGAGUGCCAGAGAAUUGCAAAACUAAUGAAACACCUCACUCAGUGCGAACAGUUGAAAGCCUGUCAUGGGGCUGGAGCAGGAUCCUCCCCGGUGACCCUGAACUCAGGAGAGAGCCAAGAAGUGGAUAUCUUACAGAUGUUGACCAAAGCCAAAGAUGAGUACACGAAGUGUAAGACCUGCUCUGAGCCAAAACAGAUAACCAGUUGUUCUGCCAUCUGUGACAACCCUAAACUUAUCAAACCCAUCCCUGUGAGACCCAGCAGCAGCCAGAGGCUGCAAGAUCCCCUGCCCAGCAAGACCUUGGACCCCAAGCCCCAACACCUAUCUUUGACAGCACUGUUUGGGAAACAAGACAAAGCUCCCUGUCAGGAAACUAUGAAAACUUCCCAGACCUUUGCCCACCAUCAUCACCAUCAUCACUACCACCAGCAGCAGCAGCAGCAGCAGCAGCAGCAGCAGGAGAAGCUUCCUGUUCAUCACGGGUUUGCAUGCUCCCUGUCCUGUGAGGAACCCAGGAAGCUCUUACUCCCGGUAGAGAAGCAGCUAUGCCCAGCCAUUCAGAAACUCAUGGUUGGGAGCACAGGACUGCACCCCUUGCCACGGCACCCUGAACAGUGGCCCUGUGAAAGUGGCAGCCCCAGUCCUGCAAGGGGAAUUCUUCCUGGUCCUGUCCAACUGGGGUCCCCCUGGAAUGGUGGGACUGCCUACUGUGCACAGAGCACUGGCAGAAGCCACAAGUUGUUAGAGCAGCUUCAAGGUGCCCCUGGGGCAGUGCAUAAGUAUAAUCCAUGUGCUCCUGCCAGCCCAGCUGUGGCCACUCAGGUGGCUCCAGGCCAGAGCAUGGCCCAGUCACAACUGAUGUAUUUCAGUGGCCCCCUUCCACCUCUCAUACCAGGACAUCAAACUCUCAGGAAGGAGCAGUGUGCACCACCAGUACAAGCCCUGCCCCUCCCUGGCAGCCAGGAGAGCAGCUCUAGGAUGCUCCCUACUCAGGAGCUCCUAAGAAAGCUCCAGGUAGUGCAACAAGAGCAGCAGGCGGCCCCCCGGCCAGCCUUGGCAGCCAGGUUCCCUGUGUCAGCCCAGGGCUCAGGUACAGAAAAGCCCUUGGAAGCCUGGGUCAGCAAGACAGCCAGCAUGGAAAACCAGGCUCCUCUUCUGCAGACCAUCUCAUCUCGGUGUGUCCCUGCUGCAGUGGCCUCUCUGCUCACGCCCCCUGUGGUUUUCACACAGUCCACCUGUGCCCCACUGAGGGAGACUGAUAAUGGGCUCAUGCCCCUAGGAGGCCAAGAACUCCCUGCUGCCUCCUCCAGCCUCCUCCUGCCCCCGCAGAACUGGGACUCCUCCACCAUGGCCAGCAGACCCCUCAGCAGGCUACAGCUCCAAGAGGCCCUGCUGAACCUCAUUCAGAAUGACGACAGCUUCUUAAGCAUAAUCUAUGAAGCCUAUCUCUUCAGUGUGACACAAGCAGCCAUGCGAAAAGCCACGUGACCGACAGCGUGAGAGUAAAGACUUUUGAGAACUGAUUUUUCCAGGUCCUUCAUGUGAACUGGUGCAACCAAACACAUUUCUGCCUUUUAAACAAAGUAUAGUAAUACAGAGUAAAAUGUUUUGUACUGUUGAA